AUGCUGCCGAGCUGCCGCUGCUGCCGAGCCGCCCGAGCCAUCCGAGCCGCACGAGCCACCAAGCUGCAGUUGCUGCCGAGCCGCCGAGCUGCUCGAGCCGCCCUGUCCGUCACCCGCCUCCCUGACACCCUUCGCCCGGUAAGGGACCACUUUCUCUCUGUUUGCCCCACCACCCUCACCGUUGACCUCCUCGAGGAGCGCCUCCUAGCAGCAGAGAAGAGCAUAGUUGCUGUAGGAGCCUCUCGUGGUGACCCUCGCACCCCUGUCUUUGAGGGGUGCUCCCCCUCUCCUCUCUUGCCCUCUGUUGCCUCUGCUGCUGCGGCCGACCUCGUUGGUCUUAAGUCGGUGGGUGCGGCGUCUACCCCUAGCAAGAGACGCCGCCCUGGCAAGGGCAAGGGGGGCAGGGGCGCUGGAGGAGCUAGCGGGGGCGGUGGAGGCGGCGGUGGAGGCGGCGGAGGGGGUGGGGGUGUCGGUGGGGGUGGUGGCGGGGGUGGAGGCAUCGGUGGCGGCAGUGGAGGUGAAGGCGGUGGCGGCGGUGGAGGAGGCGGCCGUGGAGGAGGUGGAGCUGGUCAGGGUGGCACUGCGCAGAGGGUCGGCUCCGGUGGUGGUCAGCGCCAGCAGCAGCAGCAGCAGCGGUAG